UUCCUCAUUUCCCUCCAUCCAAUCCACACCACCUCUAUCUCUCUCACACACACAACACACUUUCUCUCACUUGAGAAGUUCAUUAAUUAAACAAUGGGUUCUGAAGCUGUUGUUCAUGUCUUCCUUGUGUCCUUCCCAGGCCAAGGACAUGUCAACCCUCUACUAAGGCUAGGCAAGCGUCUAGCUUCAAAAGGUCUCUAUGUCACCUUCUCCACACCCGAAAGCAUCGGCAAGGCGAUGCGAAAAGCCAGCAACUGCACCGCUGAGCCCACUCCGGUGGGCGACGGAUGGAUCCGAUUCGAGUUCUUCGAAGAUGGAUGGGACGAGGACGAGCCCCGACGCCAAGACCUUGACCAGUACUUGCCACAACUCGAGCUUGUUGGCAAAGAAUUGCUUCCCAAGAUGCUCAAGAAACACGCAGAUGAGGACCGCCCGGUCUCCUGCCUCAUCAACAACCCUUUCAUUCCAUGGGUUUCCGACGUUGCCGAGAGCCUUAACAUCCCUAGUGCCAUGCUUUGGGUCCAAUCCUGUGCUUGUUUCUCAACUUACUACCAUUACUAUCAUGGGUUAGUCCCAUUUCCAAGCGAGAGUGAGCCUUUCAUUGAUGUCCAAUUGCCAUGCAUGCCUCUCUUGAAGCAUGAUGAAGUGGCUAGCUUCUUGUACCCUACCACUCCUUACCCUUUCUUGAGAAGGGCAAUUUUGGGACAGUACAAAAACUUGUCAAAACCAUUUUGCAUAUUGAUGGACACUUUCCAAGAGCUAGAGCCUGAGGUGAUUGAAUUCAUGUCUAAAAUCAGCCCUAUCAAGCCAGUGGGGCCUUUGUUCAAGAACCCUAAAGCACCAAACUCCGCCGUCAAGGGCGACUUCAUGAAGGCGGACGACUGCAUGGAGUGGCUUGACUCGAGGCCGGCCUCCUCCGUGGUGUAUAUUUCUUUUGGUAGUGUUGUUUACUUGAAGCAAGAGCAAGUUGAUGAGAUUGCAUAUGGGCUUCUGAACUCGGAUGUGUCGUUUUUGUGGGUCAUGAAGCCACCCCACAAGGAUGCUGGUCUAGAAUUGCUUGUUUUGCCGGAGGGGUUCUUGGAGAAGUGUGGGGAUAGGGGUAAGGUGGUGCAAUGGAGUCCACAAGAGGCGGUUUUGUCUCAUCCCUCGACCGCGUGUUUCGUGACUCACUGCGGUUGGAACUCGUCGAUGGAGGCUCUAUCGCUCGGGAUGCCGGUGGUGGCGUUCCCGCAAUGGGGUGACCAAGUGACUGAUGCUGUGUAUUUGGUGGAUGUGUUCAAAGUAGGGAUCAGAAUGUGUAGGGGUGAGGCUGAGGACAGGAUAAUUCCGAGGGAUGAGAUUGUGCAGUGUCUAAAAGAGGCGACUAGUGGACCGAAGGCCGAGGAGAUGAAGCAGAACGCCUUGAAGUGGAAGAAGGCGGCAGAGGAGACGGUGGCGGAGGGUGGCUCAUCCGACCGGAAUAUGCAAGCCUUUGUGGACGAGGUUAGGAGGAGAAGUUUAGGUAUUACGUUGAAGUCAACCACAGCUACUCCUAGCGUCGAAGUUGUGGGCAAUGCGUUGGCUAUUGAAGCAUCGGUCUGAGACGUGCGGAUAGACACGUGAGCAGUAUCUAUUGGUCCUUAUUUAGUGUGGAAUAACGGAAAUACCCUUUAUAGGGGCAUUUACAUUUUCGUUUUUUUCUUUUUUUUCUUUUUUUUUUUUUUUUGCUUUUAUUGGGUCUGCUACAUAAGUGUGCCCUUUGGGCACUAUGUGUGUUUUUUUGCUUUGAUUAAUUUUGUACAAUGUUUGUAAUUCUUAUCCUAAUUUUGUUCUCCUAA